UUUUAUGAUAUUUGGCUCGGUUUUUUGGAUUAAAAUUGGCAUCAAAGUGAUUCUUUAUCGCGAAAUACCCCGUGGUAUUAUUUUCAUCUCGAAAUGUGAUAUUAACAGUUGUUUUUGUUUCAGAGCGGGGCUACGCUGCGCGGCGGUGCGGUCGCCGGGCCGCCUGCUCUGCAGGCCUCCUCGCUGCCGCUGCCGCUGCCGGGGCUUCGCUCGCAUAAAGACUUUAUUGUGCAUAGUUUUAAUAUUUUUUCAUUUUGUUAAAUACGUGUUGUGAAGUAUGAAUCCCAGUGCUUCUCAAGUUGAUUGCCUAGAAUGCCCACACUGUAACGAUGGCAGGCUGUUUAAAGGCCGCAGAGGCCUGAAUAUUCAUAUCGCACGCUGUCACGGACCACCAACGCAAUCUUUGACUUGCCCAAAUUUUACAAGCGAUCAAACAAGCAGCGAUAAUCAGGUUCCAUUCGAAAUCUUAUUAUCCCAAUUUGGAAAUUUCCUGGUCAACUCGAAAAUAUGGAUGCCACCUUACGAAUCACACUUGAAAAAAUUCUAAAUUUGCAUUUUGAUGAUCAGUCUUGGAAUCAAGCUACUUUACCGGUCAAAUACGGUGGCAUCGGCGUGCGAAAAAUUUCUAGUGUUGCUCUUCCGGCUUUUCUUUCCUCUGUGCAUAGUAUAAAAGAGCUCAGUUCUCGUAUUCUUAAUUCCAAUUCAGUUUGCAUAACCUAUGCCACAGAGGCUCUAGAGAGUUGGAAGGUCAGAUGUCCCAACGUUGACAUCCCAAAGGAACGUACUACACAAAAACUUUGGGAUGCUCCAUUGGUUCAGCUGACACAUGAAAAUUUAGUUCAAAAUCUUACAAGUGCUGUAGAUAGAGCCAGGCUUCUAGCAUUAUCCGAAAAGGAAUCUGGGUAUUGGCUCCAUGCCUUGCCAUCGAAAAAUCUUGGCACUUUAUUAGACAACGAAAGUUUUCGUGUGGCUCUAGGACUCAGAUUGGGUACACCAUUGUGUUUAGAGCACAAAUGUCCAUGUGGGAAAGAGGUGAGUAAAUUUGGAAUCCACGGGCUUUCAUGCCAAAGGAGUGGCGGUAGGCUAUUUCGGCAUGGCUCUCUUAAUGACAUAAUAAAAAGGGCUCUUGCCACCAUAAAUAUUCCUGCGCUAAUCGAGCCGUUAGGAAUCAGUCGGGAUGAUGGCAAGAGACCUGAUGGAUUGACGCUGGUUCCCUGGGAAAUGGGGCGGGCCCUAAUGUGGGACGCUACAUGCGUCGACACAUUAGCACCGUGUCAUAUCAGGGAGACAGAAUCAAGACCGGGAGCCGCAGCAGAAAAAGCUGAAACCGGUAAGUGGCUCAAGUAUGCCUCUCUAACAGAGAGUUACAUAUUUGUACCUUUUGCCGUGGAGACCCUUGGGCCAUGGAGUCGCAGUGCCAAAAAAUUUUUCCGUACUAUUUCACCGCGGCUUGUUGCCUCGACUGGUGACAGAAGGGCUGGCUCAUUUUUUGCGCAAAGGAUCAGCCUGGCUGUCCAGCGCGGAAAUGCAGCCAGUAUUCUUGCCACCAUUCCACGUGGGCAUGAUUUGUAUAGUUAUUAGGAUAAGUUAGCUUAAGUUCCUUAUUGUAUUCUUUCUCAAUAAAAAAA